GUGGCCUAAUUAAAGCCAUAUUGAGAAAGAUCCAGCCCCCCUCGUCCACUCACUGGCAUGCAACUGCAGACAGCAGAAUGGCUGAACUCAAGUACAUGUGUGGUUUUGGGAAUGACUUCUCCUCUGAAGACCCUCGCUGCCCUGCUUCGCUACCUGAAGGACAGAAUAAUCCUCAGGUGUGCCCCUAUGGACUUUAUGCUGAGCAGCUCUCAGGCUCCGCCUUCACCUGCCCGCGACCGGCCAAUAAGAGAAGCUGGUUGUAUCGCAUCCUCCCGUCCGUCAAACAUAAGCCGUUUCGCCCCGUGCCCUGUGGGAACCUGACGGAAAACUGGAGUGAGAUGGAGCCUGACCCCAACCAGCUGCGAUGGCGCCCAUUCUCCAUCCCCAAAUCUACGGAAGUUGACUUUGUGGCGGGUCUGCACACUCUCUGCGGCGCCGGGGACGCCAGAUCUCGCAACGGCAUCGGCAUCCACGUGUACGCCUGCAAUGCGCCCAUGCUCGACAAAUGCUUCAACAACUCUGAUGGCGACCUUUUGAUUGUACCCCAGCAGGGGAAGCUCUUGAUCACCACAGAGUUUGGCAAGAUGAUGGUGGAGCCAAAUGAGAUAUGUGUCCUUCAGCAAGGGAUGCGCUUCAGCGUGGACGUGUUCGGGGAAACCAGAGGCUACGUCUUGGAGGUGUACGGCGCUCAUUUUGAGCUACCUGACCUGGGACCCAUAGGAGCCAACGGUCUUGCCAACCCGAGAGACUUCCUGUGUCCCGUAGCUUGGUACGAGGACCGAGACGUGUCCACCGGGUACACCGUCAUCAAUAAGUACCAAGGGAGGCUCUUCGCUUGCCAACAGGAUUUCUCCCCGUUCAACGUGGUCGCCUGGCACGGCAACUACACGCCCUACAAAUACAACCUCAACAACUUCAUGGCCGUCAACUGCGUGGCCUUUGACCACGCCGAUCCAUCCAUCUUUACGGUGUUGACCGCCAAAUCCACAAGACCGGGCGUGGCCAUCGCCGACUUUGUAAUCUUCCCCCCGCGCUGGGGCGUGGCCGACCACACCUUCCGGCCACCUUAUUAUCACCGCAACUGCAUGAGUGAAUUCAUGGGCCUCAUCAAGGGACACUAUGAAGCCAAAGAGGAGGGUUUCCAGCCUGGAGGGGGCAGCCUGCACAGCAUGAUGACCCCCCACGGCCCCGACGCCGACUGUUUCGAGAAGAACAGCACUACUGAGCUCAGACCUGAGAGGGUGGCUGAAGGAACUAUGGCUUUCAUGUUCGAGUCAUCCUUCAGCAUGGCUGUGACCAAAUGGGGUCUGGAGACGUGCCAGAAGCUGGACAAGAGCUACUAUCAGUGCUGGGAGCCUCUCCGCAGACACUUUAAUCCUAACUGGAAGCCCAGCAAACACUAGGAAGAACGACAAUGUAGUAACUAUACCAAAAGGUAAAAAUAUCUCAACUUCUAAUUAGAAUUAAACUCCACGUGUUUGUACUUGUGCGUCAUGCUACAUUGGUACUAAACAUUUGGUGCUUAAUUUAUGCAGCUUGGAAUUGCAUAUCAAAUGUACUAAAUUCAACAUAAUUAUACAGCCUGACACUUAAAUUACAAAUAGCUUGAGAGUAUUACCCCAUAAUUGCCACUUGUAGCAGGCAGGAAAAGGUUACGCACUAGCAGUUGUGCAU